AUGGAUUCCAAAGUCAAACUUAUCUUUGGGGGUGCCUUCGUGGAUCAAUCAUUCUCCAACCUUGAUUUCAUAAACAAGGUACUCGAUACUAUCAAGGCAGGAGGUGUCGAGAGCAUUGAUACAGCCAGAACCUAUGGAAACUCAGAAGAAUUGCUAGGUCUGGUUUCGGCUGCCUCCCGUUUUAACAUCCAAACAAAACUGCCCGGGGGCUUUGGCCCGCAGCCAUCUACCAAAGAGCUGUUGAUCAGCACCACGGAGCAAAGCUUAAGAACUUUGAAGACAAACCAGGUUGACGUACUUUAUUUACACGCACCUGAUCGUCGAACCUCCCUUGAAGGCCAGCUAGAGGCUUUUAACCAGCUCCACCAAGCUGGAAAGUUCAAAAGAUUUGGUCUCUCAAAUUUCUUAGCCAACGAGGUUGAUGAAGUCGUCCGCAUUUGCCGCGAGAAGAACUAUGUUCUACCAACCGUUUACCAGGGGAAUUAUUCGCCCGUUGCUCGUCGAGCGGAAAACGACAUAUUGCCCACUCUUCGGAAACACAAUAUGUCUUUCUACGCCUACUCUCCGAUUGUCGGAGGGUUUUUAACAAAAGCCGUCAAAACUUUGGUCGCGGGUGGUGACGGCCGAUGGGAUCAAACUACAGCAAUAGAUGGACUCUACAACGCCCUCUACAAUAAGCCCAGUAUGCUGAAAGGCCUGAAGUUGUGGGAGGAGAUUUCCAACGACUCCGGGAUCGCCAAGGCCGAAAUUGCAUACAGGUGGGUGGCUUACAAUUCCGAUCUCAAAGGUGAACUUGGAGAUGGUUUGAUCUUCGGUGCACGCACCUUGGAACAAGUCAACCAAACUCUUGCUGGGCUGGAGAAAGGACCACUUCCUUCUCAUAUAGCGGAGCAGAUUGAAAAUGUGUGGAAGAUCGUUCUGCCUGAUGCUCCCGUGGACAACUUUCAUUCGUACGCGGAGAAGCGUAACGAGUAG